AUGAGUACUGUCGCCGUACAAUUCGACUCGCGGUAUGAGAUGGGGCUUCCGCGCUCCUCUCUUACUUGGCCAGGUUUAGACUCCAACGUAGACUUGUUAGGUCAUGACUUGGGCUCUAUGAGCAAUGCCGGCUCCGACGUCAGCCUGACACCUCCCAGCACCAACAGGUCGAUUACAGGCAGCCCGCCUCGAGGCACCUUGACACCAGAGCAGCGCGAGUUGAAGAGACAAAGGGACCAAGCCCGCCGGGACUCGAAAACCUCAGUUCGGGCCCGCCGUGCUCUGAGCUCAGCAUAUAACCCUCACUCACCACCGGUUUCCUUGGCCGAGUUCACUACUGCAUCGACGCUCCCCAUUUACACGACGUCUCCGUCGCAAAUAUCCCUUUUGGCCGAGCCAGUUACUACGGUGCCAGGUUCCAGCUAUAUUCCAUCAUAUUCAACUUCGCCUCUUCCCGACUCGGGGACGUCGAUGUUCCAGCCUUUUCCAACGCUACCUUCUAGCGGGUACAUGGGCAUGGAUUACUCACCCAACUUUCAACCCCAACAACCCACGCAUAGUUUGAAUGGUCACUAUGGUGGUCGUCCAGCAUCGUUAUCCGAGCCUGGCAUGCUUUACAACAUGCCUCCAGUUUUGUCAUCCGGAGGUGGAUCCGGCCAGGAGGCUGGUCACGUACGAGUAGUUCAGAGCCGACCGAAGCCACAGUGUUGGGAGCAUGGCUGCAACGGCAGACAGUUUUCGACAUUUAGCAACUUAUUACGACACCAACGUGAGAAGUCGGGCCAGGCCGCGAAAGCAAGCUGUCCCAACUGCGGCGCGGAAUUUACACGAACGACGGCAAGAAAUGGUCACCUUUUGCACGACAAGUGCAAGUCGCGCCGAAACUCGUAA